AUGAGAUAUUGCUUUCCUGCUCAGCUACUAGAUUUGUUGAGAAACGGUUUUUACAGAAUUCAUCUUGAAGCUUGUAUAUUUGGCGAGAAAUCUCUCUUUUUACAACAUUUCUAUCGCCAAGCUACUAGCAUCCUGGCAACCUUUGAAUGGAGUGAAUUUUGCGGCCGGCGACAUCUCUCAGUCAGUGGGAGUAAAGUAUUGCGGGACAGAGAUCAAGUUGGCGUGUCUUCCAGCGAAUUGUCAUUGAUGCAGAGCCAACAGCCGCCAGAAGGGAAGUCCCUUCCUAUGAUUAACUCCUUCCUUAAUUUAUGCCGUGUCUGCCCUGUACCUACGGAUGAUAAGGUUAACUCGGAAUACAAAAGGAAUUUCACGUGGCAUGAUGGGUACCAGGCAACGAAAGUGGAUGUUGUUCGAAAUGCUCCCUCCAUGCCGUCUGCUGAACCCUCUUUACCUAGGAAAAAGAAGUAUCCCGGGCAGAUGGCAAGGGAUCAUUUGACGUAUGAUGAAGGGGAAUCAUGUGAUUCCUCUUUAGAUAUUGGCUCCCAGCUUGGUCUCGCGUCCCAAGACUUGGAUUUAAGAGCGAGAUCAGAAGAGAGGAGACACUUCAAGAGUGGAGCAUCAGUCAGAAGCCGAUCUGCUGAUUCUACAAUCAGUAGAAGGUUAAAAGCAACACCGAUCCCUGAUGAAGACACAAAACCCGUAGCAAAAACUACUGAUGAAACUGACUCAAGAAAAAGGGAGGACAAAGAACAGAUGGCUCAAAGUUUCCCUCCAAGCACAAAUCCUCGCGGUAACCCGGGCACUCCGGGUCCACCUGAAGAUGGUAAAGUGCCCAAAACCACGGAAUACCGUUCCCAGUUCGUGGCAUGGCCGAGGUCUCCUGGACUAAACGAAUCCUCAGCGAGGAAAUCUGCAUCCAUGGGUCUUAUAGCUUCUCAAGUUAUGAAGAAAGAUGUCGUCGAUGGUGAUGCCCAACCCACAGAACUGUGGAAUAAUGGUCCAGAUGAUGAUGAAGAAUCUGCGCUGGACGCUGUUAAAAGAGGUCGAAUCAAGAAGACUGAAUAUAAAGCUAAAUUCCGACCAUUUUCUGCUUAUACGUAUGUUGACGGGAGUUGGAAGAAAGCUACUAGGUUGAUUAAAGACAGGGCAGCCGACGACAUGGACAUAUAUAGUUCUUACUCCUAUCCACUCAUUGAUGGCCAUUUCACUACUGAUAAUGAAUCUGCUUCAGAAGUGGAUCAAAACGCUUGGUAUUCUGAAGUGGUGGAAAGGCUAAAGAAAGCGGAUCAAUAUCGAACAAGAAGUCAUGCUGGAGCUCCCCUCUAUGGAUCGGGAGAGAACUUACCGUCAGAAUUCCUUAUACGGGAUCGCACCAUCCUGUCACCUGUCUCGGUGUCUUCUUCGAGGACGUGGAAGGAUGAGCGACCAGCCAAGGAGAGAGGACGCUCUGUUUACGUUCCGCUGCAUCAUAGAAAAGAGAAAAAAGACGCUGGGCCGGACUUUGAUCAUCCUAAGUCCAGGGAAGGAUCUACGAAGAAAAAACAUCACGUGGAAAAAACUACAGUUCGGCCAAAAUCAGCAGAACCUGUGAUUCCCGUUAAGUCAGAACACAAAUCACCAAAGAGAACUCGGCCAAAAGCUCCUAAGGACCUGCCUGUUCAUGGUCACGGUGAUCUUUCUGGCAGAAAGAAAGCUUACAGGCAAAGCGUUGAAAAAUCAUCGCCACUUGGAAUGAAGCCAAGAGCAGUCACCAGACCCCAUCCGGCAGGUCCGGGAGGCGACGAAGGCAAAGUCUGGCUGAAGCCGGACAAAGGGGAGGCAUCGUCGAAGGGGGAUGGUUUAGUGAACGGAUUUGCUUCCGAAGAGUCCGAGAGCGGGAAGAUGGUUAAUGGUGAAGGACCCGAUGAUCAUUCCGUCCAGGAGAAGUUGAGGGAAGAAGCCAAGAUGAACGGUGAACAUGUUCCAGUGAUGAAAUAUCCGGCUAAAGUUCCGCUCACUACGGUCAAAUCUCCGGAAGAAGUGACCGGGGUCCGAUCUCCUGAUCCCGAAUCGUGGACUGUGCCUUUAGAGAUUGGUAAAGGCCUGCAUUGGAUGGAUGGAAAAACUCCAGAUGGCGUCCAACCAAAAGGCCCACCCACUCUCUUGUCUAAACGACUUAAAGAGUCUUCCCUUGUCGGCAAGAGCCAAAAAGAUUUAGUAAUAUGUGAUCCAGGUAGUGAAGCUACGGGAGAAAGUGUUGACCUAUAAUUUAUCUGCUUAUUAGCCCUUUCGCCAAAUUUCACUGACCACAGCUAUCACUCGCCGAGGUCUGGAUGACAAAAGAACUAAAUAAAAAAAAUGACAAACGAGUCCCUUCAAUUUGACCUGCGUUUAAACUGCAUAAUAUAUAUUUAAUUAUCGUCUUUCUGUCCUGCAGAUGAUUCUUGUUCGUUUGAAUGAGUAGAACAAAUUUAGAAAACUCAUAUGAAGUGAGGAUGUUCAGAUUUCAAAAUGGAUAAAAGGAUCCAAACUACCUUAACCCUACUCAUCUGUUUAGAAUCGAAAUUUCAGAUUUUUAGAUGGAUGAAAAGAUCCUAACUACCUUAACCCUACUCAUCUGUUUAGAAUCGAAAUUUCAGAUUUUUAGAUGGAUGAAAAGAUCCUAACUACCUUAACCCUACUCAUCUGUUUAGAAUCGAAAUUUCAGAUUUUUAGAUGGAUGAAAAGAUCCUAACUACCUUAACCCUACUCAUCUGUUUAGAAUCGAAAUUUCAGAUUUUUAGAUGGAUGAAAAGAUCCUAACUACCUUAACCCUACUCAUCUGUUUAGAAUCGAAAUUUCAGAUUUUUAGAUGGAUGAAAAGAUCCUAACUACCUUAACCCUACUCAUCUGUUUAGAAUCGAAAUUUCAGAUUUUUAGAUGGAUGAAAAGAUCCUAACUACCUUAACCCUACUCAUCUGUUUAGAAUCGAAAUUUCAGAUUUUUAGAUGGAUGAAAAGAUCCUAACUACCUUAACCCUACUCAUCUGUUUAGAAUCGAAAUUUCAGAUUUUUAGAUGGAUGAAAAGAUCCUAACUACCUUAACCCUACUCAUCUGUUUAGAAUCGAAAUUUCAGAUUUUUAGAUGGAUGAAAAGAUCUUAACUACCUUAACACUAUUCAUCUGUUUAGAAUCUGAAAGUUAAUAAUUCAUCUAAGUUAUAGCUUAAUUGAUUAAAUAGCACUUGAAUUCAAACUGAACAGAAAUUAUGCUAAUAACUCGCGUAAUUUAACACAUUAAUGGAAAACAAUUUGCAAAAUCCUUCCGGCUUAUUCUGCAUUUUAUUUUUGUAAACAUUUUUGGAGAAUAUGUCCACCAAAAAUUGAAGCAUAUAUUUUUAUAAAUAUUUUAAAUUUAAAUCAUAAAAUUAUUUAUUUUUAUAUUGCUCUUAAUUUCUGAAAAUUAGAAUUUUCGGCUAGUAUUAAAGCUAAAUUAACUCAAUAUUGGCAUGCAAUACUAAUUUAGUAAUUCAUUUGGUUACCUCUACUAAUGUAAAGUUAGCGACUAUAAAAUAAAUUGAUGGUUUAGAAUUUAAGCAUAAGGAUGAAAAUGUUAUAGACCGCAAAUCAAAUAGUAUUUACAAAUCAUGAUAAACUAAUACAUGAUGAUGAAAAUUUAAAUGCAUGUACUCAUUCAAUAAGAUUCAAGAAUUGUCUAAUUGUCUCAUCCAUUUAUUUAUGUUGGAGAUGAAUUUACAAUGAUGUAUUUACAUUGUUUUUAGAAAUAAUAAUUUACAUAUUUUAUUAGUUCAACUUAGUGCUUUAAACAUAUUUUAAACAUUUUAGUUGAACUAAAAAUUUACACUAUAUAUAGCAAGAUUAAAUAUAAAUUAUAUUUAUUUCUAGAAAUUUUCCUACAAUUAUUUUAAAAAGAACCAGCUUACAAAAGUCUUGUAUGUUGUGAUACUUUGAACAAUUUAUAAAUAAACUUGAUAUUUGAAUGAA